AGUUACCGACCCGUCUUGGAUAGUUUCUCCUCUGAGAAACACCGACAUAACCCGGGAAAGGCAUACUCAGAAGCGGGUAGCGACCGCAGCAUUAUUUCCUUGUGUCAGUCUCACGACUGAGUUUGAAAUCAAACGGCGUGUAAAUUCACCAAGACGAUAACAAUGGGCGUUUGCGAUGUCGUUCGAAAAAGUUGCUAGCUUGGGUAGCACAACUGCGAGCUAACACUAGCUUGCUAACGUUAGCUAACGUUAGCAAACACUCAGCUGAUCGGAACUGAAGAAGUGUAAAGAAGUUCGCGUUGUCUCAUCAUGAGGACGUCAGCAUGAAUAUGGAUAUCUAGUCGCCUCGGAUCACUUCCUUACGGUGGAUGGGAGAGAUGAGGAGCAGUAAGAGAACUGAGGUGUCUCUUAAAAGCUCUGCUCAGCAGCUUACUGAUAACAAUAUUGGCACGGACCUGACGGCUGCAUGGAAAAGUUUGGCUCAGUCCAAAGCUGCUUUGCGGCAUAUAGAAAACCAUCUAGAAGCAGUUCCGGGUACAGGGGUUCUGCUGGACUCAGUCAUGUAUCCCCCAAAGGAGAAAUCAUCCAGGAUGGUCUGCAGCAUGGAUGGCCAACAAGCUGACAAUGAAAGGUCUGCAAAGCACAGGGGGCGAAGACAGUGGAGUCCAGAAAAAAGUAGCUCACGUAGCCCAUUGCGAAAUACUACACAGGACCGUAAUGUCUGCAGGAUCAGUACCGUGGAGUUUAGGGAGCCACUCACCUCAUACAGAGAGGCCACCCCUCCACAACAUCCAUCCUCUCAGCAGGGGUCCCAUAGCCUGCAGUCUUCAUACUCAUCCCCAGAUCCUCUGCUCAGCCAGCUGGUCUAUCAGAGAGACACCAGGGACAAGCAAACAGACAGGGACCUGAACAGCACACACUCCUCUGCUCUGGAGAGCACAGCAGUUCGCUACCUCAAUGAUCUGCCACCCAUGGACACCCGUAAAACUACUGGAAACCAGUCAUCUCUCACAGGUGUAAGAGGCCCUGGGAGAGAAGGGGCUGAUGAGGAUAGGACUUACAAAGCACAACUUGGUAUAGACAGCCAAGAUUCUGGCCCAUGUCCAGCUCCAGCCCAAGGCAUCAUACCCCGAAGUGAGAGCACACCCUCCUCCAGCCCUGGCUCUGCCUCCCAACGGUUGGAGAACCUAAGGCGACAUCAGCCAGAUGAUAAACUGGAGAAGCUCAAAGAGCGAAUUCGAAGGCAAAGGCAGCAUUUAGAGGAAGCUGCAGAGAGAGAGAAGCUCCUGGGUUUUCAGGAGUGGCCUGUUAUGGCAGGUGUGGAAACUAACAACUCUGGUACCAGCAACAUGCCCACAGCCAAGAUUCGAAAAGUAGCACCUGCGCCACCUGCACCUAAUUACAGAGGUUUUAACAGCACUGAGACAAAGAUUCGGACAGCAGAUGGGAAAGUUUGGAAGGAAGAGGAGUUUCAUAACCUUAGCAGAGAAAUAUACAGAGACCUGUCACAACAGUUUGCUGAGAUCACCAGAUCGAGAGAUCAACAACAGAGGGAACAGAGAGUAGACAGGUCCAAAGAGAGGAGGCCUCCCAAGCCAGUCAGGAAGGUCCACAAAGCUGCUGCCAUCUCAGACCUCAAUGCAAAACCAGUGAUCAACCCUGCAUCGUGGCGGGAUGGACAGAAGCUGGUAAAGAUGGUACUUGGCCCAGUUCCUAAGCUGCCCAGGGAAGAGGACAGGUCCCAUCCAUCUGACGUUCAUAGCAAAAUAGCUUCCCAUCACCGUUCCAGGUCAGACCCCCACUCAAAAUCAAACAGACGAUCCCGCCCUAACACCACAGAAAGGUCUCGUAGUGGUUUUCAGGAGCAAUCCAAAGACCACUUCCCCACCACAUCUACCCAUUUGACUGCAGCUCAGGACAAGGCACCAGUAGGUGUGAGCACAGACCUUUUGUCACCUGACAUUCAGGGGAUACUUGAUGACCUUCAGUUGGAGAGUAAAGUGGAAGAGAAGGAGGAAAGGGCCCGGCAACGGUCCCACGGGGGGAACAGUGGUCGGAGGGGGAGAGCGGGAUCAGGGUCAAGGACAAGGACUCCAAUGUCUGCUUGGGGAACUUCUGUUGCCACAGGUAGCUCUUCAAGAAGACAUCGCAGUGCCAGUCCAACUGCACACCAGUCAGAACCUACUAACAUGCCUGAUGUAGGUCACAAAAAGCGAACCUAUGAUGCAGAUGCCAUUCGCCAAUAUAUUUCCCGGCAACAAGAGGAGAGAAAGAGGCGUCAGGCAGAUGAGAAGAGGUCAGUGAGGGAGGAGACAGAGAGGAGAAACAGGAGACUGCAGGAGCUCUACAGGAAGCAAAGACAAGUCGCUAGUACAGUGGCCAUUCCCAGUGAGACACCAGUGGCUCCUGUACAAAAGAGACUGCAGGAAACCUACAACAAACUGCUACUGGAGGAGGCCCAGUUGGGCGAGGAGGCUACACAGACUCCCCGAUCCACCCAUUUUAGUCAAAUGAGACCAGUGUACCAGCCCUCUGGAGAGUCGGACAAAGAGAACAAAAGACUGGAUGCACCACAGAGCCCCUCGAGCAGCGAUAGGUCUUUUAAUGAGCAGCUUCCUCCACUAUCCAGGAAUGAUUUGGAUGUUGGAGUGGACUCUAUGCUUCAGCCUGAUCAUCUGAGCCCUGCCUUUCGAUCGACAACUGCACCUAACAGCCAUAUGCUAGCUCCUGUUGGUGACCAUCUCCUCUCUCAGCUCCGGAGGCUCGAGCAAGCAGUGGCUGCGGAGAACUUCAGGCACACCCAGCGACCAGCUACAGCACCAAGCAACCAGUCACACUCUAAGAUAUCCCGCAUCGAGGCCCUCAAGGCCACAGCUGCAUCUCUCUCCAGUCGUAUAGAGAGUGAGGCAAGGAAGAUAGCUGGAGAAGGGAUCAACUAUGGUAAAACAACUUCAGUCGACAUCGAUACUGUUUUGGCUCCUCAGCCCUCUCGGGCCAAUUUUGAUGACGGAUGCUGGGGAGAUACAUCUGCCAUAGAAAAUAAUGAAGUGGCAUCAAGUAUCCAGAAAAUUUUGACUAGCACAGGUCAUAGUUCAUAUAAUAGUGCAACUCUUCCAGGAGUAGGCAACCUGCAUACUCUCAGGGGACAGAAAGAAAGGAAGAGUACGCAUAUCAGUUUGACCCAUCCACAAACAACGUAUGGUGAAGUAACAGGGCCAAUUCUCAAGAGUUAUAUACAAGAAAGGGGGAAGCUAGUCAAUGGCUUGGAAAAAGUAGAAACAUUGGAUACAAGGAUCCAGAGGAGAGGGUAUGACAAGGUAGAGAAUCAGACGGAUCUCCAUGACUCAAGUGCUGGUUCUAUCAGUGAGGGUCCCAUACUGAGUGAAGGGAGUUUUUCAGAGGAUGAAACAAGCCCUCCUCACCCAUCCAGAAACCAUAUAUCUAAACCAGCGGAUGGCUUGGAGGGAGUGGACUACUGUGCCGGUCAAAGAAGGGAUUACCAGCGGCUGUCUGAGUUUCAGAGGGAAGCAGCGAGGUGCUCACCUCUCAGUGCCCCAUAUGCUCAGCAGGACAGCAGUAAUACGGCAUGGGAAGAGCUGAACAAAGGAAGCCCUUUAAGUGUAAUCAACAUUUUCACCAAGAACCUUCAUGGACCUGAUACAGUGAGUGGGAGGAACUCUGCAGCUGCCCAAUCUUUGCACUCUGGAAAUGCUCUUGGAGAUGCAGCCUCCUAUGAAGAUGACUUUGUGUCACCACAAAGCAGCAGAAGUACCAGCCAAUUAAGGAGAGGGUCCAAAUCACCUAGUGUGAACAGUCACUUUGAGGAACUGAUGCGGAGGUCUCCUUAUGAGAAAAGCACAGGAGGCAUCAAUUCCCACCAUUCAUCCUUUCACUCAUCUGUUCACUCACCACAUCUUUCCUCUGGUUCGGCAUCUGGCUCUUUACCCCUCUCUCAGCACUCUUUCAGAAAACGAGGUACAACAUCAGACCAGAGUGAUGCCACCCUGGUGGAAGAGCAGAAGAGCCCUUGCUCACCGUCGUCAGAAAUAUUGUCCUCCGACUCCAGAGAAAGAGGCUCAGACAAAGGCUCUGCCCACAGCAAGCCCAAGAGAGUCUACUCCAGUGACUCUUUGGGAGAACCUUCGGGUCAUUCUCUCCAAAGUUUUGGCCAUGAUGGAAAGAAGUCUUCAGUCAUUACGCCCAAACAUGCUUCUCCUUUGGGCUCUCCAGUCACUGGUUCUCUUCCAGGAAUAGACUCACCCAAUGAACUUGUCAGAUGUGCCUCAGAUCAUAUGAUUACUGGCACCACAGCUGUCGGUGAUAGAGAAGAGAGGAGGACCUCAGGUGAACUACAGUAUUCACCUGCUGUUCUGCAGCAACGUAUGGCAGCUGAGCUCCAGUACCUGGAGUCUGUUGAAGAAUCAGUUCGACAGCUGGAUGACAUGGAGAGGUACAUAAGUGUGUCCAUGGCUCAGCAGGAGAGUGCAUCCUUGGCACAAAUGCUCAAGGCCAAGCAACAGCACCAUGAGCGUGACCUCUAUGAGUUGAAGAUCAAGGCUGAACGAGAAGCCCUGGAGACAAAGCUACAGCUGGAAGAAAACAGACAGAGAAUGGCAAUGGCUCAUAUAGAACUGCAGGGAAGUUUGGCAGCAACUCAAAAAGAGACGUUGGAAGGCCUCCAGGAGGCAACUACUAAGAUGAUGAGUCAACAGGCUGAGGCAGCACGGUACACAGCCGACACUGCCCGACACAUCAAGGAGAUGACAGAAUUGGCGCGGUCACAGAUAGCUGAAGCUUUGGUUGUUGCUCCUGCUGCCAAGAAUUCCUCCAUGUUGAACCAGCAGGACAAACAGGAGAGUCCAUAUUCAGAUAAAGCUGAUUCUGACAGCUUCCAGGAUGAAGUGUCAAGCAGAAGGACCAGGUCAGAUGAACCCCCGUCUUCUGUGAAUAGCCUCAGUCACUCCGACUCUCUGUCCUUUAGAAGGCCCAAUCUCAGUGAAGUAAACUCUAGCAGUCACAAGAGCUCGUCAAAUGCAUCCUCAAACCACAGAGUACAAACAAAGAAAGAACCAGGCGAGGGAAUUAAGAGAAAGGGGGGAGCUGAGGGGAAGACAGGGAGGGAAGCAGACAGCAGCUCCAUAGAGGAAGAAGUUCCUACAGCGGCAAAUGACUCCCUCUGCAGUGACAGCAUCGCAUCCGUAGUGGAUGAGAAAGGAGACACUACAUCAGUGGCAACAGAGUACUCUCUGAAGUUUGAUGAGUCCAUGACAGAGGAUGAGAUAGAGGAGCGAUCAUUCCGCUCUCUGCUGCCAUCUGAGGCACACCGCCGUGGAACAAUAGAGAAAAAGUCCCACCAUCGUGAGGGAUCAGAGGAUGAUGGUUCUAGUUACAACACAGCAUUGAUUACAGGGGCACACAGUAUCUUGAAGCCUCUAGAUGCAAACAUGUCCUUCUCUGGUGGACAGGACAGCUUUUCUCAGUUCACCAUGGACAUGGUGCGUCAAUAUAUGAAGGACGAGGAAGUCCGACUGCAGCACCAGAGCUCUCUGUUGCGUCUUCGCCAGAAGGCUGUCAAAGAGAAGACGAGAACUGAGCUGGCCUGGUUGGAGCACCAUAAAAAGAGACUAAGGGACAAGGGAGAGGACGACAAAAUGCCACCAAUCAGGAAGAAGCAGAGAGGCCUUCUGAUGAAAUUACAGCAGGAGCAGGCUGAGAUCAAGAGACUUCAGGAGGCCAACAAAGCAGCUAGGAAGGAAAGACAGCUGUUGCUGAAACAACAGGAGGAGAUUGAGCGGAUGAGAAACUCUACACUUAGACUUAAGGAACGACUCAAAAGUGCGGGGGGUGAACCACCACCUGAGACUCCUGUGUCAGAAACACCAGUGUCGGAGCCUGUCUCCCCCAACAUAAGGCAUGCUGAUGAUGACCGCAGCCCUUCUCCCUCACUUUCUAUCUCUGGAAGUGAGACAAGCAGCAUCAUGCAAAAGCUGAAGAAGAUGCGCACUCAAAUGGAUGAGAAACACUGCUCUCCUGUCCACUACUUCCUCUCUGUGUUCAAUGCCCACCACUGGGCCUCCUUAAGUGUCUGUCUUCCCAACCUCCACCCUAAAUUCCAGCUCUUUAUCUACAACCAGUUGGUCAGGUUUCUGACCAAGCGGGAGCAGCAGCUCAUGCAGAGGCGUCGUCAUGCCGAGGAGCUGCUACUGUGGAAGCAGCGACUGGACCAGGAGGAGGCUGAGGUCCGUAGGAUGGAGAAAGAGGCCCUGGCUGCCUGGGAUAGGAGGAUGCCUCAGGAUAAGGAUCAUGAUAUGCCACACAGUCAGAAUAAUGAGAUCCCUGAUCUGAGCCCCAGACUUCAUCAAUCCUCAGAGCACAAAAAUGACUGUGAGAAAGAGUAUUCAAGUGAGUAUGACAGUUCCUCAGUGACAACAGAGUCCAGUAUACACACAGAGGAAUCGGGGUCUCAGCAACCAGGAAGCUUCUCCUUAUUAAAACCUGUGUCAGUCCCUGUCAAGAGCAGCCCUGCAAAUUACAGCCAAGAUUUUACUUCAUCUUCACUGUCACCAAGCAGACAGUCUUCAGUAUUAAAAGAAGGCAGCCCCAGCUCUGCUACCUCUCCUUCAGAUGGCAGCAGUAAAAUCAAGAUUCCGCUUCACUCAUCCUCUCGGACUCUCAUCCAAGCCCGCAUUCCGCCAACAGACUCCCUCAUGGCCUCACAGACUGAACCCAUUUCAGACCAGAGUGACAUAGAGAGUCGUAUCAAAGCCUUGAAGGAAGAACUCAGAAAACGAAAGGUUAUGGCCCACCAGUUGAAAAAAGAGCAGAAGAAGAGGCACAAGGAGCGCCUGAAGGCAAAAGAGGCCAGCCUGCUGAAGCAGCUUGAGACUUGUAACAACUUCAUUGAAAAAACCAAGGCAGAAUUGGACAAGGGACCAGAUUCGACACCCGAUACAAACUUUGAGACCCAAGAGUCCAAAUUAGGCACAGAACAGCCCGGUCUUGAAUUACUCGAUCACAGGUCUGAAAAGAGCCACAUUUCUGAGCAUGAAUGGAUAAACAUUGAUGCUUCAUUAGACCACAAUUUACAUUUUGAAGUUGAUCAUGGUAGAGCCAUCUCAUUGCCUGAAUUAUCUGAUGAAGAUCCACCAACUGUCACUCCAACUCCAGUAUGUGGGAGCCCAGAGUGUCCAGCCUCGGGGCUGAGGAGUCGCCAGUCCACUGUGGAUCCUUUAAGACCUUCCUCCAAGGAACACAACAUAACCAAGUCUGGGGAUGACAACAAUGGGUCUGACCAAACAUCUGAAAUUCAGGAAGAGCUGGAGAAGGAAGUAAACUCCGGGUUGGAAGACCAACACUCUGAAUGUCUCCUCACAUUAGAAAAAGAAGAAAGCCCCGACUCCCAGGAAAAACAAUCUACAGUUCCUUCUUCAGGGAGUGAAAAGCAUCUAUUAUCUCCAUCUGAAGCAGAAGAUGUUUUAAAACCUACCACUAAAUCUCUUUCAACUCAAGUGGACCACAAAACCUUAACACAUCCAAGCUACAGCUCUGUUUCAAGUGUGUCCUCUUGCUUUCCUGACUCAGGUGCCAUUUCUUCAAAGAAAGAGGCACCCAUUAAGGGUGCUGAAGCCUCCUCUACCAUGGCAGAUGACCAUCAUGGCAAUUUAAAGUCGGCAGGGGAUUCUUUACCUAGGGAGCCACAUCAUAGCUCCAAAGCUGAGUCUGUAACCUCAACUGAAAUGAAGGGUUCAAGAGAGGACUCCACUAGCAGAGCCAUGCCAUAUGACAGCCAAGAUCAAGAUUUAGAUGAGGAAAUAGCUGAGGAUCUGAAUCACCAUUCUGUCACAAGUGAACCUAGCCACCAAUCUGGAAGACUGCUUGAUCUCCAAAAGCACACAGAAGACUUCAAACAUGACACAAACAGCAUUAAUUCCAGCCACUCACCACCUAUGUCUCCUUUACAAUCUCCUGUUAUAGAUGGAAUGCCAAGUUUUAACAUUGGAGAUCGAGUUCUCGUAGGGAGUGUUCAGCCUGGCACCCUGAGAUUCAAAGGACCUACCAGCUUUGCCAAUGGCUUCUGGGCUGGUGUGGAGUUAGAUAAGUCUGAAGGCAGUAACAAUGGCACUUAUGAUGGAGUGGUGUACUUUGAGUGUGAGGAGUGCCACGGUAUAUUUGCCCCUCCAGACAAAAUCUCACGCCUUCCAGAAAACUUUGAGGUCUACACAGACACCACAGAAGACGAGGACUCAUUCUUUGAUGGUCUGUCAGACAAAGGUGAGGAUAAAUGUAAAACAGAUAAGGACAAAAGCAAUCAAAAUCGGGGUAAUCUCAAGAGUGAAAAUGAACAGAGGAGCUUUGGAUUUGGAGACAACAACAUGACAGUUGAUUCUCCUCACAAGAACCAGCCCCCAGGCCUUAAGGCUGCAUCCCAUCUCCAUUUACAGCACGACAAAGAAUCAAAGCAUCAAAUAUCUAAUGGCAACAGUCAGGACAUAAUGGAUUUUGACAAUGCACCAACAACUCUUGUCAUCUCUGAUGUGGACAAGAUUGACCUAGGGAAACAGAGUCAGAAGCAGAUUACAAUGCUUGUUGAGAGUGAAGAUGUAGACUUAAAACACCAGUAUAUUCCCUCUGAUAACACAGAUAUUGGGGAUCUAACGGAAAAAGAGAAGGACACAGAUGUACUGGACACAUAUACCGACAAGCUCUUUAACAACUUUGUUAUAGACACUGUGAAGCAGUUUGCAGAAAUCAAAAGGGCUAAAGAGCAGAGGAUAAGCGCUGACAACCAGAAGAACAGAGAACUGUUCUGUACAAAUGUAGAGGAGGAAGAGGAGAGGAUCUCUUUUGUGGAGCAAAAAGAUGGUCUACCUUUCUUCUCACCUGUAGAAAAAGAGGAGCUGUCUUCGCCAGAGCUGUGUAACCGACCGGAGAGUCCAGUAUUGGGGGCCAGCGGUCAAGAGGAACUAGCCAAGAGACUGGCAGAGCUGGAACUUAGUCGUGAACUGCUGGAUGACCUAGGUGACGAUCAGGACUGGUUUGAUGAAGACUUUGGCCUCAGCUCACAUAAACAACAGCAGAGACUGAAACAGAGAGUGGAAGAGGAAGAACUAAGACUAGGAGGCCUGGGGACUUCCGGCUCAUCACUCGGAGCUCACAUGGGGGGGCUGGUCUCAUCACCCAGUGGAGAACAACAAGUAAAGUCUCCACCAAGACCUGAGCUACCUCUUCCCAUGCCUCCCAAACUACCUGAGCUGCCUGCCAUGGUGGUACCCCACUCAGCUGCAGAGGUGGAGAAGAUGGUCCAUGCUGCCACUCAGGAGAUUUGGGAGAGUUGUGGCCUAGGGAAGGAGGGACCAGUGACCCUUGCAGAAAUGCUGAAACCCAAACCCUCUCAAGAGUAUCUGGGUAAAGAAUCCAGCAGCCAGGACCAGGAAGACCUCUCCAUUUGCAGCUACAAGAAGGGUGUCUAUGACCUGACAUGGGAGAUGCUUCAGGAGAUUUAUGCUGAGGACCCGAAUGCUUAUCAGCCUCAGUGGGUCAAAGCGCGACGAGUCAAUUCCUCCUUCCACAGAGUAAAGACACCAGGAGACAUCACCAAAAUCCAGGCAUUCAUCACAUCAGAAGUUCUGAAAUUAUAUAGUCUGACAAAGGACGACAGCCAAAAGACUGACUGGCAGAAGAUGCUUAAAUUUGGCAGAAAGAAACGGGACAGAGUCGAUCAGAUAUUGGUUCAGGAACUCCAUGAGGAAGAGGCCCAGUGGGUCAACUAUGACGAAGACGAGCUGUUUGUCAAGAUGCAGCUGGCGGACAGCAUCUUCGAUGCAUUGCUUAAGGACACAGCAAACGUGCUGACACUAAUCUGUGACAAGAGAGCCAAAAGAGAUGCCCUCUCUUGACAGCUUUCCUGCUUAGAUUUCAAACUACAACUUCUAGCUCAAUCCCAGUUUGUCCUCACCCCAGUGUGCUCCAGCCAAGCUACUGCUGCUCGGUCUUCUACCAGCUGAUGUGCCAACAGCAACCCUCAGAUGCCUUCGACCCCAGCGUUACCUCUUAGCGCAAUAGCUCCCUAUUUCUGUGACAUUCAUCCGCUUUAAUAGAUCCAAUUUGUUUUCCACACAAAAUGCUUCUCUUGAGCAAUCCUUAAACUUUAACCGCAUCUCCUCUCCUUUCUCACCUCAUCUUGGACUGGUCCUUUUGUAAAUGCCAGCUGGAGAAUGAGCAGAUAUUUUGAUAGAAUGGACUCUGCCAUUGUUUGCAUUUAAAGUCUGUUAAUGCUGCUAAAUUACAGAGGACUAAAAUAAGAAAUCCACUCUGAACAAGGGUUUCUAUAUAUUUUUUGAACCUUAGAUAUACAUUUGAAUUCAAUAAUUGUAACAGAGUAGCAAAAAACAGUGUAGCUUGUAAGUGAUUUGAUGGUGACACAUCAUUUUGACUCUGUGAUCCAGCACAUUAGAAUUAAACAGUGACUGAGUUUAAUGUGAUAACUUUCAGUGGGGAUUACUUUUUUUUUUUCACAUUUUGGGAAGUGGUCAUUUGCAUAAUCCACUGUAAGAUUGCCUAAACACAGUGAAGUUUUACAUGGGCUUUUUGCUGUCGGCCUGUUUGUUAGUCAAUGCAACAGACUCUGUCGAGGACAGAAAAACAAUGUUUGACUUCAUGUUUAGCAUCGUUUUAUUGGUGCACUGGCUAUAAUUUAGGGGUCAAUGUGUCACAAAGAUCUAACACAGUUCCUCCGGUAACAAGAUGAACACCCUUCACUGAACUCCCCUAAAGCCCUUUGAGAGUCAGCAUUUAAAUGUCAUAUUCACUGAUGAAUGUGCACUAUAGGGCAACUGAAAUAAUUAAAAUGUGUCACUUGUAAAAUACUUUCAGGCCAAACUGUGUCGGAGCAUCACUGAGGUCAGACAUUAUGUAAAACAUUUUGCCGACUUAAUUAUAUUAUUUAUUGUGUGAAAAUGUUACUCAGCGAAAAAAAUCUAUUGAGAAUUGUAAAUUGAUUGAUUGUAAAAAAAAAAAAGAGAUAAUUUUGACAUUGUGUGAAGACAAAUUAAUUAUGUUGUCAAAGCACAAAUUGAAAUGUGAAUGGCAAUAUAUUGUGUAGGUUUAAAGAAUUCUAUCAAAACCAGAUUAAGAGCGGGGAAUCUGUUUUAAUAUUUAAAAGUUGUAAAAAUUGAUUUAAUUGUCUGUUAGAUUUUCCUUUUUUUUUUGUCUUUUGUGGCCACAGUGUCCCACUUAAUUUGUAUCUUGGAGCAUAUCACUAUACCAGUGUUAACAGGAAACUCCAGACAAAGGUAGCUUGUUCAAUUAUGCUGAUUAUUAUUUUGUCACAAAAGCAAACGCUGCUUUAAGUCUCCACAUUUAACAGUAUGCUCCUCUGUUUCCGAACACACUACAUACUUAAAAUACACUUUAGUAUAUAGUAUUGAAGUGGGACACAUCUGACUGGCAGUAGACUUGACAUUUUUAGAAUCCCAUUAUAGGACGGUACUGAAAUGCUGGAUUUGAGCCUUAAUUAUUCUGUAGUCCAUUGGCUUUCUGUGACCUCAGAAGACUCUUGUAUUUCAUCUUCAUUAUUAUUAUUCUGUGUCAAGUUUCUGGAGCUGAACAUUCUCAAGCAAAGCCCCCUAAAAACCAUGAAGUUGUGUUGCAGCAUGGAUCAGUGCUCCACACGUUGUGAAACAUUUGGCUUUACAGUAAUCGGCAAGUUCAAACCAGCCAUCGAAAUGUAACCAGACAGCAGAGGUAUGUUUGGUUCCAGUGCCUCUUUUAAGUUAGUUGUAACAACCUGUGUUGAUGUCUCGGCAACCUCUUGGACCUUUUUUCAUUGAAUGUCUCUUCUCAACUGCUGUAUACUACCGUUUUAUAAAUGAUCCUUAAAUAACUGCUUUUCCCUCUGACCAGUUUACCAAUGCUUCACUUUCUGCCUGUCAAUCUUUCUGUAUCCAAGCAUAAUAUAGUAGACAAUGUUUUCUCAUACCUUCUCAUUCUCCGUGCCUGAGGAAAUCUUUGCAGAGCUAAAAACAAUUUACACUAGCAAGACUACCUGUAUCUUAUCCACACAUAUGUGCAUGUAGAUGCAGCUGAGUUGUCAUAUUGAUAAACUGUAUCAGGACCUAGUUUGUUGACACUCCAGACUCCAACCCACAGGCUUUGCAGAGUGAGUCAUUGGGCUGAUGAGACUGAGCACGUAGGACUGUAUCUGAGGGCUUUUUUUUUUUUGCCUCUCCCUGUCAGAGCUGCUUUGAUCAAACAAACUGUGCAAUCUCAUUGUGGUGUGUGACAGCUUCUUCAUUUUCACUUACCGUUUGGAACUAAAGUGACCUUAAAACUCUGUUCUUUUUUUUUUUCUACUGUCGGGUUUUUAACAGUUGCAAAGGUGUAGAUUGUAAAUUAUAUAAAGAGGAAAAAGACAAAAAACAUUUGAUACCAUUUUCUCUUUGCUGUACGACUUGUAUAUUUUGUCUGUGGGCAGAAGAAAUUGUAAUGAUCGGUUUAUUAGUUACUUAAAAAUUCUUCUGCAAACCCUGUAGGAUUGUCCUCCUGAACUGAUUGUAUGUGGGAAGAAAUUAAGUUUUCCUCUAUAACUAUGCAGUACUUGGUCUUAUGCAUUGUUUUAUAUUAAAUGUAUCAAACAGCUUAAUUUUCUUCAGUGAGGUGAAAUGCAUCUUCAAGAAGCUUUGAGCUGUUUGCUGCAUGGUGGAGUUGAAGCAACUUUGCCCUUGUAUAAAUAAAUUGUUCUGAUCCUAUUAACUGAAUGAAAAUGUAGGUACAAAAUAUUUGAGUAUCAAAUGAACCCGGGUCAGGCUAGAUUUCCCUCCUCAUCUUUUGAAAUGUCUAAGAAUAUUUAUAAUACUGUGCUGUGAGUGUACGCAAAGUGCACUUAAAGAUUUGUACAGUUCUUUUAUGGCUGUAAAUAUACUUACUGUCUUUCCAUUCUGGCCCGCUAUAACUGUAACCUGAACUAUUGUAAAAUAAACACUGUUUACUUUGAAAGUAA